GAGCGGCCCGCCCACCCCGCCACGAUAGCCAUCUCACCCGCCCUCACGCACCUGGCAUGGACACAGUCCCGAUUCGAUGCUCUUCGGCGGCGACAGGGACGUCCCCGAAGGCAUCGGGAUGGCGCGACUCCCAUGGACGCGCCUCCCCACCGCCGACGCAGAGGGGCUGGGGGCCUCCACCUCAGCGGUUGCGGACGACGACCUCUUCUCCAGUGCCGUCGUCAAGAGCCUCGAUUACGAGGUCAUCGAGAACUACACGUACCGGGAGGAGCAGGCGCAGCGAGGCAAGUUCGAGAGAGAGAUGAUUUUUUGGUUGCCAUAUGGGCUCCUCCACACCGCCAUCGGGGAUCUAGCUGAUGGCCCCGUCGCGAAUUGACCCUCUUCCCCACUGAAUCGAGUUUCUCCUCGAAAGAAUCAAACCUUUGUUGCACGAAUUGAGAUUCUACUCCGUCGAAUCGAGCUUAUGUCGCUUGCUGCUGCUAUGCCCUCUCGUGAGCAAAUGGCAAUGGCUCCGGUAUUAUGAGCCUAAUUGUAUUAGUUAGGUCUGUUAUAAUCUUGUGAUAGAGUAGCGGGGUGAACAAAGGAGUGUUUGGUAGGUCUCUGAAUUGUCCGGUAAAAAUUUUAGUUCAAGUUCUCCAAUGUUCCUCUGGAGAAUCAAAAUAACUUCUGAAAUUAUUUGUUUAAUUGGGUGGAUUCGAUUUAAGAGGAUGAUGAUGUAAUUGAUCGAUUUACUCUUUAUCAUGAUUUUUUUCUAUUUAAAUUGUUCAAAAAGAAAUUAAAAGUGAAACAAAGCCAGUACAACAACAACCGGCUUGUUAUGA